GGGGCGAUCUCGGGAUAUUUUUCACCGUGGGGAGUUGUUUGUUUAUUUUAUACUUUACUCUCUCGCAGACGGAUUUCAGAAUACCACGCUCUGGGCAGCUGAGAUGCGGAAAAGGUGGUGGUCCCGGCGUUUUACAGCCAGUGAGAGUUGAUAAUUGUCGUGUCAGCUGCAGGGCCCCAUCACACAUUCACGGGCUGUUAUCUCAACUAGUUUGACAUGGAUCUAUAAACACAUAAAGAAAUGAAAGGACAGAACACACCAGCUGUUAUCAUCAGUUUAUUGCUCAUCAGUGCUGCACUUUGGGGUUUUACAGAAGAGAUAGAAGUAACAGGACUGUUUUCCAAGGAUUGCAUCCUCCCUUGUAGUUUCCCUCCUGGGAGUGAUGAAGUAAUUCACUGGAGCAAAGAGAAUAAAAAAGUGCACACUUACUACCGACAGAAGGAUCAGCUGGAAGAACAAGAUCCACAUUACAGAGGCAGAACACACCUUUUCCAUGAGAACAUCCCUAGUGGAAAUGCCUCCUUGAAACUCAGUAACCUGAGCAUGACUGAUGAAGGCCCUUACACCUGCUACGUGGGAACAGCUCAAUAUCCAACAGAAGUGAAAGUGCUGCUACAUGUGCUAGCUCCUUCUUCUUAUGCACUGGAAUACCAAAAGACAAACACAGAAAGAAGACUGAAGUGCUUUGCCUUUCUCACUUAUCCAGCACCAAACAUAUCUUGGGAACAAGGCAAUGUAUCCAUCCAAGAGACAGAUAGGGAGGAAACCAGGAAUGGAGAUCUCUAUUCUGUCAGAAGUGACAAGGACAUUGUAAGCACAACAGAUACUUACUGGUGUCAUAUUGAUUUCCAUCAUGGCGUGUGGACUGCUGAAUGGAGGAUGAUGCAAGACCACCUGCAAGAAGUGGAAGGAGGUCACACCGUAAUUCCCUGUGAACAUGGCAAUGACAUUGCAAGCACUGAUGGUUUCAGUGUGGUCUGGACAUUACACAGAAAUGCAGUGACCUCAGUCCUGGCCUCCUUCAAUGGCACAGCUCACUCUCACCAGCCUCGGGUCCAGAUUGACAAAACUGACUUUUCACUGAGGCUGGAUCAUCUUACUGCAGAUGACAGUGGAGAAUAUCUGUGCAAUAUUUCAACACCUCACGGCACAAAACUGAUUGUGAGCACUUUGCACAUCGAAAAUUCAGGUAACACCUGGAUGAUAAUUGGGCCAGUAUUGACAGCAGUGGCAGCAGUGGCAGCAGUGGCUGUGGCACUUUGCUAUCUCAAGAAAAAUGGAAGAGAGGUGUGUGCACUAACAAGGGGCGGCACUCUCCCGGGUGCCCCAGAGCCCGAGUUGAUCCAAAUGCAAAGAAAACGAGAGGCGCCUUACUCGACAACUGACAUCCUGCUUCCCAACCAACAACCAACAUAAAGGCAGAGCAGAAGGAAGGAGAGAAGUCUCAUGAACGCCUUAAUAUAUGGGAAGAAAAUUGCUCUCUGCACAGAGACUGGUGAUGAGAAGAAGAAAGAGUUCCUCCAUCUUGAGUUACACUAAGAGCCUCAUGGAAAUGUGAUUUUCUGAGCAACAGUAAUGGACUAAUGGAGAGGAAGAAAACUCAUUGGACACUUGUAUGUGAGAAGUCAUGUAGCCAGGCAUCUCACCCCCACAUGAGCUUAUCUCUUCCUUGUUUAGUGGUGAGUUAACUCAAACCAGACAAAGCUGUCUUGUAGUGAGUUAUUUUGGCAGCAGGGGAUUACCAUUGGUCUGGCAUCUCCCAGCUGAUAAUUAGCAUCUUCCUGUGGAAGUGAGAUCUUGUGGAAGCUAAGAUUUAAUUAGCACGUGCAAUUUGAUAACCAAGGUGCCUUGGCAAGAGCAAAGAGAGCUUUCAAGAUUGCAAGAAGAUUGGAUCAAGACUGGUGUCAGGAAAGAAGAUUGAACUAAGUGGAAAUGGGAAGUUUGUCUGUGUGAUGUGUAACUCAACGAAUGAAGUAAAAAAUUCUGAUCACGGAUCAGUAGUCCCCCUCUCUCUCCAUCAUUGGUAAGAUCUGGAAAGAGAAACUGGAUUUCUGACUGGGAGGCAGCUGCCUUUACAAACUAUAUAAGUUAUCUCAAACUUUCACAAAGCAGACCUCUGCAGAUUUUCCUGGAAACUGGAAUUUGUGCUUAGAACGCCUGCUUUGCGUUUGCACUUGUCUGGGGGCUGAGUAUUUCUUUUGCUAGUUUUAUAUACUUUUGAUAUCAUGUACUGUUUUAUGUAAUUUAUUUAUAGUCUGUCUUCUGUGUUGUAACUUUGAUUAAGACCUUUAAUGUGUUACCUCCUGUCAAUUCAAUAAAUAACUCAUUUUAUUAAUAGACCUGAUCUGCCAUCCUUAGAACUUGUGGGCCAGAGUGAUUUCUUAAAUUUAAGAAUUUGCCAAUAAUCUGAGAUUAAGGCAGUGCUUGUUUG